AUGCAUAAAAAAAGAUGUUUUUUAAGAUAUGCUUUGGAAAAAAAGAAUUUAGAAUCUGAAGCAAUGAAACUUUAUAUGGAAUGGAAUUUAUCAAAUCAUGCAAUUCUUGUACUUUCGGAAUGUUGCAUAAAUUCGAUAGAAAUUUUAAAAAUGAUUCACAGCCAUGAUAUUGAUGAAAUAUUUAAUACCAGACAACUGAUAGGUGAUAAAAUAAAAUUUCGUUAUAAUUUACAAAAGUGGCGCAUACAAAAUAAAUUUGAAUCAUUAACAUGUACAGAUAAUAGCACGACUUCAAUAAAUACAGCAGUAGAACACUUUCCAAAUAAUUCAUUUGUAGAAAAAGAACCACAAAUUGACCCUCCUAACUUAGAUGUAAGAAAGAUUUUGUCUAAAACAUUGGCUGGUAAUGAUAUCUUAACCAAAUUUGAAUACAAAAAACAUUUAACUGAAAUUGAUCAAACAGCGAUUGUUAGAAUAAUUGUAGAUCAUUAUCUAUAUAAGGAACACAGUAUGGAUUCAGUUACUAUGAAAAAUGUUGCUAAAGAAAUUAUAGAAGUUUUUCCAUCAGAAAAUGAAUCAACAUAUUAUAUACCAAGGGGUCGAAAUAAGCGCCCAUCGGGUAAACUAUACGAUAGAUAUUUAAAUGCUAAAUAUAAGCGGAAACUAAAAACUUUAAGAAAUCAUUCAGAAAAGAAAUCAAGAAAAUCAACAGAAAAUACCAACAAGCAUACUGAUAGCACUCCGGAGUACAAUGAUUUUCAGACAAAGAAACAAUUUUUAUUGUAUAAUACACCUUCAGAUAUUGAAAUUUUAUGGAAAGAAACUUCAUUUUUGCGAAUGCAAGAAAAUAAAGACUCUUGGACAAAUUUUAUAAAUGACUGGCCUAGAUAUAAAGACCCUAAUGGAUAUGAGCUAAUUAAAAUAGAUUUUGAAACAAUUCAUCCUGGAAAAUAUAAUAAAUUAUUUGAAAAAAUACAAGAUUUUGAACAAAAAAUGGAUAAAGUCUUUUUCUCUUCUGGAAUCAAAGACAAAUUGAAUUAUCAAAAUUAUCAAGAAAUGAAAUUAAAGGACAUUUCAAAAGAUUCGAGACAUUUUCAUUUUUUCAAUUUAUUACACACAGUAAUUCCACCACCGCGUAUUAACAAAAACACGAAACCUUCGAUAGCAGAUGCCCAGCUUGACAUGAUUUCACUAAUAACUAAUUUAGAAAAUUUCAAACAAGAAGACAAUGAUCUUGCAGAACUAACAAUAAAUGAAAAUUUGACUGUUUAUCCCCAGGUUUUGGUGAUUGGAGAAUCAGUUCAAACUAUAAAUGAGUUCUUUGUGUCUAUUAGUGGAAUACGUUAUAAAGUACCAAAUUUAUUAAGUGCCAUUGAUUUAAUAAUGAAAAUAUAUUUUGUAUUUAAUUUAAAUUAUUCUAAAACGAGUAAAUACGUAUUAAUGUUUCUGCAGGAAUUAAUUUAUGAAAUUCCAUGCGAAGAAAAUAUUCCAAAAAUUAAAAAUUGUAUUACCAGACUAAAAAAUUUUAAAUAA